AUGAUCUCCAAGCAACAGUGCGUCCGAGGCGGGUCCCGGGGCUUCAGCUGUGGCUCAGCCGUUGUGGGAGGGGGCAGGAAGGCUGCCUUCAGCUCCCUCUCGGUGUCCGGGGGUGGAGGUCGCUGCUCCUCUGGGGGCUUUGGCAGCAGGAGCCUCUACAACCUCAGGGGGAACAAGAGCAUCUGCUCCAGCGUGGCUGGCCCCCGGCAAGGCGCUGGUUUUGGGGGUGCUGGAGGCUUUGGCGCUGGAGGAUUUGGUGCUGGUUUUGGCGCUGGAGGAUUUGGUGCUGGUUUUGGCGCUGGCGGCAUUGGUGGUGGAUUUGGGGGCUCCUUCAGUGGCCGAGGGGGUCCUGGCUUUCCUGUCUGCCCUCCUGGAGGGAUCCAGGAGGUCACCAUCAACCAGAGCCUGCUGACUCCACUCCACGUGGAGAUCGACCCUGAGAUCCAGAAGGUUCGGACCGAGGAGCGGGAGCAGAUUAAGACCCUCAACAACAAGUUCGCCUCCUUCAUCGACAAGGUGCGGUUCCUGGAGCAACAGAACAAGGUGCUGGAGACCAAAUGGAACCUCCUUCAACAGCAGACAACCACCACAUCCAGCAAAAACCUGGAGCCCUUCUUUGAGAACUACCUGAUUGUCCUGAGGAAGCAGCUGGAUGGCUUGGCCAAUGACAAAGGGCGUCUUCAGUCUGAGCUGAAGGUCAUGCAGGACAGUGUGGAGGACUUUAAGACCAAGUAUGAAGACGAGAUUAACAAGCGCACCACUGCUGAGAAUGAGUUUGUGGUCCUUAAGAAGGACGUGGACGCUGCCUACAUGAACAAGGUGGAGUUGGAGGCCAAGGUGGACGCCCUUAAUGACGAGAUCAACUUCCUGAGGGCCUUGUAUGAGGCGGAGCUGGCCCAGAUGCAGACUCACGUCAGCGACACAUCCGUGGUGCUGUCCAUGGACAACAACCGCUGCCUGGACCUGGACAGCAUCAUCGCCGAGGUCAAGGCCCAGUACGAGGACAUUGCCCAGAAGAGCAAGACUGAGGCCGAGGCCCUGUACCAGAUCAAGGUACAGGAGCUCCAGAUCUCGGUGGACCAGCAUGGUGACAGCCUGAAGAACACCAAGAUGGAGAUUGCGGAGCUUAACCGAAUGAUCCAGAGGCUGCGGGCCGAGAUCGAGAACGUGAAGAAGCAGUGCGAGGCUCUGCAGACGUCUGUGGCUGACGCAGAGCAGCGUGGGGAGCUGGCCCUCAAGGAUGCCAAUGCCAAGCUCCAGGACCUCAAGGCCGCCCUGCAGCAGGCCAAGGAGGAGCUGGCCCGGAUACUGCGUGACUACCAGGAGCUGAUGAACGUCAAGCUGGCCCUGGACAUCGAGAUUGCCACCUACCGCAAGCUGCUGGAGGGCGAGGAGUGCCGGAUGUCCGGAGAAUGCCAGAGUGCUGUGAGCAUCUCUGUUGUCGGGGGCGCUGCCAGUGCCGGAGGCAUGGGCGGAGGAUGUGGCCUGGGCGGUGGCUUUGGCUCCGGUGCCGGAAGCGGCUUUGGGUUUGGUGGUGGCGUCUGCGGCAGCUCCAGCAGCAAGAUCAUCUGUACCCCAACCCUGAACAAGAGAUACCGAUAG